AUGAGUAAAGUUUCAAAGAUGUUUAAAGGGAAGUCAAGCUCUUCCAGCAGCAAACCAAGCAGUAGUUCAAAGCAUCGUUCGCGGACAGGGCCGUCCCCGCAGGAGGCCAUUCACAAACUGCGGGGGACCGAGGAAAUGCUCACAAAGAAGCAGGAAUAUCUCGAGAAGAAAAUUGAACAGGAAAUUGUGAUUGCCAAGAAGAAUGGUAUUAAAAACAAAAGAGCUGCGCUACAGGCUCUGAAAAGGAAGAAGCGAUAUGAACAACAGCUGACUCAGAUCGAUGGGACUCUGUCCACCAUUGAGUUCCAGCGGGAGGCACUAGAGAAUGCCAACACUAACACAGAGGUUCUGAAGAACAUGGGCUAUGCUGCCAAAGCUAUCAAAGGGGUCCAUCAGAACAUCGAUCUGGAUAACAUUGACACACUCAUGGCAGACAUAACAGAGCAACAACAAAUAGCUCAGGAGAUCUCUGAUGCUAUCUCACAACCUUUUGGUGAUCAGUUUGAUGAGGAUGAAUUAUUGGCUGAGCUGGCAGAGUUAGAGCAGGAAGAGCUAGAGGAAAGUAUGAAGAAUAUGAGCAAACUACCCAGUGCACCGGCCUCCAAACUACCCAGCACAAGACCAAGCCAGCGCACAAUGACUAAGAAGAAAGUAGAGGAUGAUGAUGACAUGAAACGUUAGCAGCCUGGGCUACCUAGUGAUCAGGAAAGACAUGAGGUGUUUCUUUCAGCACCAUAGUGCCAAGAAUGUAUAACAAGUUAAAGGCAACUAUUUUUAACUUUUUAUGGCUUAAUACAUUUACUUGUUUUAAUUUCUACAUGUUUUUAAGAAUCAUAAUGUUUUAAUUUGUAAAAUGCUAAUAUGUGCUAAAUGAAGGAUAAUGGCGAUUAACUUGUAAAUAGGAAUAUUGUAUGAGGGAAGGAUAUUUUAUGAAUCAUAGAUAUGUAAAUGUAGAGAGAGACUGAA